GGCGGCUUUCCGACGGCGGUGCUGCCGACCCGUAUUUUUUGAAUAUAUGGCGAUGAUACCGGCGGCAAAGUCACCGCCGGUGAUCACCGGCGGCAACGCGGCCGGUAAAUAUUAAGGCCGCCGGGAAUUUUAUUUUUUAAUUUUUUUUUAUUAUAUUUAGCAGAUAGCGGCGGCAGCUGCCGCCGGUGAUUAGCGGCGGUAAUUUGCCGCCGGUAAAAAUAGUGCGGGUCGGGCUUUAGCGGCGGUAAUGGGCCGCCGCUAAUUUUAAAGCCCAAAAUCGUGCCCUAACCCUCUCUCCUCCAGAACAGAUCCCUCCCCCCUCUCGCGCCUCCAGCCCCCCUGCCCCCCCCCACCCUGCCCUGCCGCUGCCCUGCCCUGCUGCCGCCGCCUGUCGCCGUCGCCGGUCGCCGCCGUCGCCUCCGUCAAGGCCAAUCCUGCCGUCUCACCGCUCCUGCCACCGCACGGUUCCGCCGUCAACUCCUACGAAUUUGCAAGAAUGAGUGAUAAUCGAUCGUGGAUGUACGCGAGAUACAAUGAUCGUGCUGCAUUUGAAACGGGACUUGAGAGUUUCCUCGAGUUUGCGAUAAAUCAAACAGCGUAUACAGAUGGAAUUGGUAACAUUAGGUGCCCGUGUAGGAAGUGUAAGAAUAAAGUCUUUGCAUCUGUACCUACAGUCAGAGAACAUGUUACUAGGCGUGGAUUUGUCCACAAUUACACGAACUGGUGUUAUCAAGGGGAAGCACCAGUGUAUAUGCCAGCAGAACAUACUAUAAUGGAUGAGGAUGAUGGGUCAUACAGUAAUUACCAAAGGAUGGUGCAUGAUCAUGCUGGACCUAGUAAUUAUCAAGAUCCUCCAAAUCUUGAGGAGCCGCCUAAUCCUGACGCUCAACAAAUUUAUGACAUGUUGAACGCAGCCGAUAGUCCUCUAUACCCAGACUGUGAUACUUACUCACAGUUAUCCUGGAUGACACAGAUGAUGAGCAUAAAGGUUGAAAAUCACAUGUCAGAGAGAUGUUUUAAUCAGAUAUCUGAGAUGGUUCAAAAGGCUUUACCGAAGGAUAACAACUGCCCUGACAGCUUUUACAGUACGAAGAGAAAUCUGCGCGGGUUGGGUUUGCCAGUAGAGAAGAUUGAUUGUUGCGUUAAUAACUGCAUGUUGUAUUGGGGGGACGACAGUGAGCUAGAGAGUUGUAAUUUUUGUGGUGCAUCACGAUAUAAGGAGAACUUGCGUGCAUCUGGAAGCCGCCGAAAGAAACGUGUGGCCGCCAAACAGAUGCACUAUUUUCCUUUGACGCCCCGACUGCAAAGGUUGUUUGCAUCUGCGGCAACAGCCGAAAAUAUGCGAUGGCAUGCGACUUCAAUAGAAGAUGGGAUCAUGCGCCACCCAGCAGACUCUCCGGCAUGGAAACACUUGAAUUCAGUAUAUCCUGGAUUCACCGAGGAGAUAAGAAAUGUGAGAUUAGGCCUUUCUACAGAUGGUUUUGCCCCAUUUGCACAAUCAGGGCGUCAAUAUUCUUCUUGGCCGGUCAUUGUCACACCGUAUAACUUGCCUCCGUGGUUGUGCAUGAAAGAACAAUUCAUGUUCCUCACUGUCCUCGUGCCUGGGCCAUCUAACCCAAAGAUGAAGUUGGAUGUUUUCUUACAGCCACUGAUACAUGAGUUGAAAUAUUUGUGGGAGGUUGGUGUGAACACUUAUGACAUAUCGUUGCAGCAAAAUUUUCAGAUGCGGGCAGCUCUAAUAUGGACUAUUAGUGAUUUUCCAGCGUACGCUAUGUUGUCUGGGUGGGGUACAGCUGGGAAAUUGGCAUGUCCACACUGUAUGGAGAAUACAGACGCAUUUACACUAACGAAGAGUGGUAAACAAUCGUGGUUUGACAAUCAUCGGAAGUUCUUACUUCUAUUGAUACAUACUUCAAAUCAACCGUUUCAAGAAGAGGUUGUUACUAUUACAUCUACCAACAGUACUGUGGACAUUGACCCACCAAUUCUUAGCGCUGCUGCAUCUGGGUCUAGAAGGCCCAAAGGCAAAUCAGUGGCGCAGAUUAGGGCUGAGUGUGUUAGGCGCGACGGGAGGAUCCUCUUUCAGAGGAAUACUGUUGGUAAGUUGAUCGAGCCCCCGGGGAUCUCCACCUGCUGCACGAACUCGUUUAAGAGGAUUCCGAACCCAGGCGGGUACACGUGGAAGUUAACUCCGCCAACGGUGCAGGAGUUGUAUUUUGAGGAAUUCAAGAAAGAGUUUACUUGGGACCCUGAGGAUGAGGCUGAUGUGAAAAAAAUGUGGUUAGAAAAGGCCCGCAAAAGGUACAGUGACAACAUGAGCGAGUAUAAGAGACUGCUCAAGCAGAAGACCGAGGCAGGGGAGAUGAUGGAGACACCGCUGGGCAUGUCCGACACCUUUUGGACGGGACUCAAGGCAUACUGGGAUCAAGAUGAGGUUAAGGCCGUUUCUAGGCGCGCACGUGAGAACCGAUACUCUGAGCCAGAUGGAGUUGGUACAGGGAUCAGUCGGCACGUUGGAGGGUCUCAGUCGAGUCGUAUUCUGCAGCAGAGUCUGCUCGUGGAUGGUGAAGUCCCCCCAACUGCAUCUAACUACAGCACUUUCCUCCGCCUACACAUGUACGCAGAUGGAACUUUUGUGUCAGAAAAGGAUGCCAACCUUGAUGCGGAGAUUCAUCGUGUUGCUGCUGAGACAGGACGAGAGGACCGACUCGAUGAGGUCUACUUGGAGCUCGUACGUCCCGGUAGGUCACGACUGUACGGCACUGGAAGUGCUGGUGUGAGCCAGUUCAGUAGGGGGUCUACCAACAGUACAUGCUCUUCCCAGAUGUCUCAGCGGAUGUAUGAGACUCGGAUCUCCACACUGGAGGAGCGUCUCCAAAAUGCUGAGGAGGAUAGGGCGGCCCAGGAAGCAGCACGUGAGGCCGAACAAGCAGCACGUGAGGCCCUUGAGCAGCGGAUGAGUCAGUUAGAGGAGAUACUGAGGCGGUCGGGUCAGCUACCUUGAGCAUGAUCACUUCUAUGUAUCUAUAUCAUGUUGAACUUUUUUUUUAUGUUAUGUUUCUGAAUAAACACAAUUACACUUGAACUUUGUUUAACAUUUGUGUUUUGUUGAACAAUUUAAUUGUUUUA